ACUGCAAAAUGAAAUCAUUAAUACAUGCUGACAACAGAAAGAUUCAAGCUUUGGCAGAAGAAACAUUACUAUUACACACAGUGACAAGCAUGAAAUCUCCCAGCAUAGAGCACAAUAAAUCAUUGGGCACUAGAAACCAAAAAGCAUCCAAAGAACUUUUUAGAAUAAACCCACCCAACCUAGUGUAAACCAAACAAAUAUAAAUGCUAGAAGAAACUUUUAGAAAGGUUAGAGCACAAUCAGUUUCCUCUUGUUACCAUUUGCGGAUUUAACAAAGUUUUAGAUGGAUUAUAGCUAGCUAGCUUCUCCUGCUACGUAUAUGUCCAGAACCAAGCCGCUUCUAAAUGGAGAAGCCUUCAGAGAAAAUGGAAGCCACCCAAAAGGUUGGAAGGAAAAAGGGGGGCCUUCGAACUAUGCCAUUUAUCAUGGCAAACGAGAUAUUUGAGAAGAUUUCAAGUAUUGGGCUUCAUGCAAAUAUGAUUUUUUACUUAACGAAUGAGUAUCACUUUGAUAGUGCUAAAGGAGCCAUCGUCUUGUUUCUGUGGUCUGCACUGACGAACUUUUUGCCCAUAGCUGGUGCUUUCCUCUCUGAUUCUUACUUGGGUCGAUUUAAGGUCAUCUCCAUGGGGACGGUCGUUAGCCUUCUUGGAAUGGUAGUGUUAUUGUUAACAGCCAUAUUUCCAAAAGCAAGGCCUCCACACUGUAAAUUACCUCCGGAAAUCUGUGUACAUGCAAAUGGUGGCCAGCUAUUGCUUCUGUUUUUUUCAUUUCUUCUUAUGGCAAUCGGAGCCGGAGGCAUUCGACCGUGCUCCUUGGCCUUUGGGGCAGAUCAGUUCGAAAAGCCCGGCAACCCCAAAAACGAGAGGACACUGCAGAGCUUCUUCAACUGGUACUAUGCUACGGUUGGGGUUUCAGUCACUAUUUCAGUGACCUUUAUGGUCUAUCUUCAGAACGCUGCUGGUUGGGUUGUGGGCUAUGGCGUUCCUGUUGGACUCAUGCUGUUUUCCACCAUCAUGUUCUUUCUUGGCUCUUCACUAUAUGUUAAAAUAAAGGCAAACAAAAGCUUGCUCGGCAGUUUGGCUCAGGUGAUUGUUGCAGCUUGGAGAAACAGGCACUUGGACUCUCCCCCACAAACUUCUGAUAAAUGGUUUUACCAUAAAGGCUCAAAGCUUGUCUCCCCAACUCCUAAAUUGAGGUUUCUAAACAAAGCUUGCAUCAUAAGGAACAGAGAGACAGACGUGGAUGCUAAUGGAAUGGCUAGAUUCCCAUGGAGUUUAAGCACAAUUCAAAGAGUAGAGGAGCUAAAAGCAGUGAUCAGAGUUCUACCUAUUUGGUCCACCGGCAUUGUGAUCAGCGCCGCCAUUACCCAAUUCACCUUCGCCGCUCUUCAAGCAAGCACAAUGGACAGACACAUAACUCCCCGCUUCCAAUUCCCAGCAGCUUCCUUCGCCGUCUUCACAAUCAUAACCCUAACAAUCUGGGUCGCCAUCUACGAUCAAAUCAUCGUCCGGCUUCUGGCGAAAUUCACCAAACUAUCAAACGGGCUCAGUUUAAAGCAGAGGAUGGGCAUCGGACUGGCAAUCUCAUGCUUGGCGUCGGCAGUUUCAGCAGAAAUAGAGAGAACACGAAGAAACAGAGCAAUCGAUGAGGGUCUGGGCAACGUACCUAAUGGGAUCGUGAAGAUGUCGGCGAUGUGGCUGGUGCCGCAGCACUGCCUGGCGGGGUUGGCCGAAGCUUUAAACGCGAUAGGGCAGAUUCAAUUCUUCUACUCCCAGCUGCCGAGGAGCAUGGCCAGCAUCGCGGUGGCGCUGUUUUCGCUGGGAAUGGGCGGAGGAAGCUUGCUCGGAGCUCUGGUUGUGAGCGUGAUCAAGAAGACGACGGAGAAGAAUGGGAAUGUGGGAUGGCUUUCGAAUAAUCUGAACCAGGGCCAUUACGAUUACUAUUACUGGGUGUUGAGCAUGAUGGGUGUGGUGAAUUUCUUGUACUAUUUGAUUUGCAGUUGGUUCUAUGGAGAUGAGAAGGAGGGCAUGGAAGCGAGUAGGGUUUGGGACGAGAAGGAAGCCAUUGAAGAGGCCCCCUUCAAUGCUUAACUUGGGGGCAUGUAUACUUCAUAUCAUGGAGUAAAUGUUUCCUGGGUCAAGAUUAGAACCAAGAAUCCUUCAGUUUACCAUCU